AUGAACUCAGGAAAAUACGUCGGUCUUGGUCCAAGAGAUACCUCGGAAUCACCAUUCCCAGAUACUUAUUUAAAUUGGAGAGAAUUGAUUUACUUUAGAUCAUGGCAAGCAGCAGGUUUAAUUCCAUUUUUCUAUUAUUUCUGUUUGAUUUUGGCAGUAUUCUUCUUUUUGAGUGAGAUUAUUAUAUUUACUAUUGCAUCUGGUGCUGGUGGAUUCUUCUUGGGUCUUCUUUAUGGAACAUUACAGUUGUUGGCCACCAUUUUCGCAGCAAGAAUCGGUUGUGAAGUGUUGCUCUCAAUCUUUGACAUCAGAGACAACAUCUACAAGAGCUCUGUCAACUCUUCCGCACCAAUCUCACACCACCAACCAACCUCCUCAUUCCCAUCAUCAUCUUCCUCCUCUGACUACAACGCCCAACAAAACAAAUACCAAGAGCCAUACAACUCUGGUGCACCAUACCAAAACAACCUCUAA